AUGUCCGCUGAUCCCACUGCUAAUCUGCAGGUCUUCUCACCACCGGGCUCUGGCCGCUCAAGUCCAGUACCGCGGUCGGCGCGUCAUGCAGUAGAAGAGCCUUUGUACAAGAAAGACAAGAACUUCCGACGAUAUGCGGCUGGUGUUGAACGUGCUCUCGCCCUUUGGGACACGGCACAGCAGGAAUGGGCAGACUACAUCUCGUUUUUGGGACGACUGCUGAAGGCCCUGCAAGCGCAUCCUCCAGAGAUACCCGUCAUACCACAUAGCGAUACUGUCGCACUGCGAUUAGCGCAGUGCUUGAAUCCAACAUUGCCCUCGGGCGUUCACCAGAAAGCGCUCGACGUCUAUGACUACGUCUUCUCUACCAUCGGUAAAGAUGCCCUCGCUCGUGACCUCAACCUCUACUUCCCCGGCCUUGCUUCAGUGCUUUCCUUCGCCUCGCUCUCGGUCCGCCCACUCUAUCUCUCGGUUUUCGAGAAGCAUAUACUCAAGCUUGAGGGAGCCGCACUUCGCCCAGCUUUGAAGGCAAUCAUACUGUCACUCCUGCCCGGUCUAGAAGAUGAGACCAGCGAGGACUUUGAGCGCAUGGUCUCUGCCACCGAAAAGUUACGGAGCGCGGUGCAGGACAACUCAGAUGAGACAGUCAAUGCGAAGACUGCCAGUGGCUCGUCCCACUUCUGGCAGUGCCUCUUCCUGGCAACCAUCACAAACGCAUCUAGGAGGCAAGGUGCACUCGCUUUCCUCGUACGUCGCUUGCCCAAGUUUGGACGACCAGAGCGGCGCAACUUUCCCUCUGAUGGUCCCACGUCCUCAGGAACUCUGUCUGCUGAGGCUGAGGCAGCUACAUCUCCAGAACCUGGUCUCCUUAUCCGUUGCUUCGAAUCAGGCUUGUCAGACCCUCAAAUUCUCAUCCAGCGAGGGUUCCUCGAUCUGUUGGUCAGCCAUCUGCCUCUCGACUCACCCAUCUUGCAGGAGCGCGUUGGCAAAGGAGAUCUGGAGCGACUUGUAGCUGCGGCUGCCGGUGUCGUGUCACGCAGAGACAUGAGCUUGAACCGACGGCUCUGGGCAUGGUUUUUGGGUCCAGAGCCCACUGCGUCCGAGGCCAAUGAUGGUGUCACGUCUCCAACAACCGACAAGCACAACACGACAGUAGACCCUUCAGCACAUCAAGCCGCCUUCUUUUCGCGAUACGGUCUUGAGGCGCUGACAAACAGUGUCCUCAAGAUGAUCAAUCGUCGUAGCGCAUCACCUUCCGAGCGCGCGCGUCCUUUCCGAGUCUGCUUGUCUCUCAUGGACCGUUGGGAAGUAGGUGGGCUGAUCGUACCCGAGAUCUUCCUGCCGGCGUUACGAAGCGUUUAUUCGUACAGCGAGACUGCAUCCAAGGACCAAGUCGAUGAAGUCAUGAGAAGUGCUAGCGCCUUCUUCGAUGGUGUCGAUAGCGGCCUCAUUUGGGGCAAGUUGAUUCACCUCAUAACAUCCUCUUUGCAGACUGAUGUGGCAGCUAACGACGAAGCCUUGCAGAAGAUGAAGCUGGCCAAGUUUGUUCUAACCCGCUUCAAUCUCAAGGAGGAAGAUAUGUUGCUGCAUCACAUGCCCCUAAUGGUGUUGUCGUUACUCGUUUCCUUGAACGAGAGCCCUGGAAAGACCAGCAGAUUAGCAGCGGGCGCAGAAGUCAUGAGUCUUGCCCUUGAGAUUGCAGACUCACUUGUGCAGAUAGUACCAGAUCGGUCAUUUCGAGCCGAUCAAGCAACGGACCAGCAGCUAUCUGCAGCCCUCAAGAUAUCACGAGCCACUGUGACCCAGCAAAUCCGAUCAUUCUACGAAGAGUCUCAAGGCAGUCUUGAUGCAGCUGACCCUCCUUUCAAGCCACCACUGCUUGGUCAGAUCGUGCUUCGUGAGGCUUCUUAUAUGUUCACAGCAUCUAUGCAGUCGACGGACUCUAAGACCUCUGUGGAUAUGCCUUCCAAGAUCCUUUCCAAUCUCAUAUUCAAAACACAAUGUUUGAAGGCCAUCGAAGACAUUGAUCUCAUCACCAUGCUUACGAACAUCCUGCAAACCUCGGACGAGCCCAACACAGAUCUUUCUUUUUCACACUCGAGCGCCAUAACGACUGUUUUGCUGGCACUCCAGACAUCACUCCCAUCGAGACCUCAUAUCGACUCUAGUCAGUUACCUGAGCUCAUUCAUCCCCUAGUCCAGUACUUUUGGCAGUAUCUGUCGCCAACAUUACCCAAGUACCACGUCGAAACCGCACGUUCAUUGUUACUGUUGCAUUCCAUUGCGCCUGCAAGCCGGAUGGUCGAAAGUGCCCUUGCUUCUAUCAUUGUGGAGCAAACCGGCCGCGAUUCUACUUCAAACACCUCAUCCGACUGUGCCCGGCGGUUUGCGACACUCUGGACCCAUAUCAUGCAUGAACUGAAUUUGCAAUCAGAAAAGCGGGUUAGCAUUACGCGUCGACCGAGUGGUAACGUCCCACAAGCCCCGACGCCCGCGGGUGAUUUUCACUCUGUCUUGACACGACCGCUACUUUUGCUUCUUGAUACUCUGGCAGAAGAAGGGUCCGAAACUUCCACGUUUAUGCAAAAUUGGUUGCCAGAUUUGUCAAGCCUAAACAGAGUCUUCGAAGUCCUCGCACUUCACAUUCAGUCGCUCAACUGUCUGGUAGCUUCAAGCAAUUUGGCGCCCAACACGGGGUCGCAGGAACGGCAACCACGAUCUAGAAGAGAUGACACAAAAGAAUGCCUUUACUACCUUAGGCAUGUCUUCAACGUCAUCAAACGACCAUCACACUUCACUUGGGUAACUCUUGCUGAAGUAACUCUCACGUGGCCGGAACCAUCAUCAUCGCGGAUUUCCAUCCAGGAAUGGCUCGUACGUACCUGUUUGACGACGUUGUCGCUUCAAGUUGGCACUUCUGAAACGAAUCUUGAGCCCCAUACACAAGAACUACAUCGACUAUCAGUCUCCAUCAUGUCGCAAAUCUAUCAAAGUCCAUUCGCUGCUCCACUGCGCGACUUGGAGCUUGAAGUACCCUUGAUGGCGAGACUGCGAUCAGCAAGCCCAUCUUUACAGAGUCUCUUGCUAGGUGCAGAGUUGGCCGCAUUGAAACUCCGUCUUACCCGUCCGCUAGAGCCCGCACCAGAACCGAAGCCUUCAAAUCACCCAGCGAACCGGUCACGUCUGUCACUAGCAAUAAACAGAGAUUCGGAAGAUCACACACCAGCACCCAUCCCUCCACCUCCGCAGCUGGUUGAGUGCUUGAAAUUUGGAUUUUCUUCCCCAACUAGUCGCUUGGUCCUUGACGACUGGAUCCAAUUCCUCGUUGAAGUUCUACCAAUGUUCCCUGACGCGAUAUUCCAAAACCUCCUCCCGCUUGUAGAAUGUCUUUGCAAGCAAAUCAACCUUACAUUUGAGCAGCUUAAGUCGACGUUCGCAAAGAUGCAAAUCGUGCCGACCGUAUCUCCGGAGUCGACUUUAAUAUCGCUCAUGAACGGUUUGGAGCAGAUUUUAGCAAAGGCACAUGAGCGUUUGACAACUCAAGAGACAAGAGUGUCUGCCAGCAAGUCUCCGGAACAACCCCAGGGCUUCUUUAGCAACGUAGUGUCCGGCCUAAUCUCGACUGAUACGAACCAGACUCGCACGCCAACUGCGAACAGCAGACUCUCAGUCCUGCUUUGCUUCCAAGACACUGUUCGUAUAUGCUUUGCGAUAUGGUCAUGGGGACAUAUUCUAGAAGUACAAGAUCAUACGUCAGCGUCAUCGUUUUCUUACACUUCUUUACGCAUGCGCAAUCGAGCUCGCCGCACAUUGGAACACCUCUUUGCUGCGGAAGCGUUGGAAUGUCUAGAGACGUUGGUAGUCCUAUGGGCACAUGCGACGCUUGACGAUACGCAAGGACCAGCCAUUACAGGGCUUCUGAACGUCCUCAAUGGGUCAAAACCAAAGCAUACAAUCCCAGCAAUUUUUAACGCAGUGUACAGCCGGACCGAUCCUGGGGCUUUGGAUACUAAUCGAUUAUCAACACUCACGUCCGAUCUUACCGACGCCGAGCUAGUUACCUUCCUCGUUGAAUAUACAAUCUCUUUAGAAGACGAUGCCAUGGACGAGAUAUGGCAAGAUUGCACUCUAUUCUUACGAGACGUGCUUGCAAAUCCUCUCCCUCAUCGACAAAUUUUGCCCACAUUGUUGGAAUUCACCGCUGUCAUAGGUCAGAAGGUUGAUAACACCAACUUUGGAGAGCAACGAAAGAUGCGGAGGGAGCUUGCAGACAUCUUUGCUAGGAUAUUGACUGCAAUUUUCACAACACGUUCAAUGGGCUAUCUUCAAGACUCAAAUCAGGCUGCAAACGAAAAGACGACUGCGAUGACCAACGGCGUCCGCGCACAGAAGCGAGCAAAUGAUGUUGUCUCUAUUCUUACCAUCAUCGUACCAAAGCUACCGAUCAUUUUGGUAGAGAAUGACCGUGUUGCAAAGGUCGUCUCUGACAUUUCAGCAUCUGUCAUCGGUCCGACCUUCCGCGCGAAAGCGUUUCCAGAGAACGUGUCAAGGAACACACUGGAUUUGCUUCAAGGUCUUACCAAGAUUGCGCAAGGCAACAAGUUCCUCAAGAAAGAUAUAUAUGAUGCUUUCAACGACCCUAAAUUCUUCAACACGCCACUUCCUCUGUUGAGAGAAGCUUGGCUACCUAUCCUCGCACAGUGGACGCAGUCUGACAAGGAGCGUCUGCCAGAACUACUAGCACGACUUUCUGCGCCAACAACCGCUGGCAUCAUGUUUGGUGUGGGUGCGACAUCUGCUCGGCAGGAAGCUGACCGCAAGACACAGCUUACACUACGCCGAAUUGCGCUUCUAAUUUUGGGUAGUCCCGAGGAUGCCUUUACGCCGAAUAUACCCCAGGUUCUGGAGAAGGUCGUCGAACUGCUUACCGCAACGCCAGCGUCCUCCCCUUCAUCGGUAACUCGUACAGAUAUCAUCGUACUGUUACGUGCUAUCAUCUUGAAAACCUCUCCCAUUCAUCUCGCGUCACUGUGGCCGGUUGUGAAUGGCGAGCUAACAUCUGGGUUAUCCGCGCUCCUACCAGAUGCACCGAACAAGGAACAUUACAAUAAUGCUGGUAUGAUUCAGACAUGCAAGUUGUUGGACGAACUAGUCGUACUAGACCCAGAUGACUUCCAACUCAUGGAGUGGCUCUUCAUCUCUGACACCAUCGACGCUGUAUACAAGCCUGUCACGUCGCCAACCCUAAUUUCUCUUACGGAUGAGAUCAAUGAGGUUCUUACUAGAUCCUCGACAGCACCUGCAGCACCUGUAACAGCGCUGAAUGGGUCGUAUACCGAUGAGCCGAAGAGGACAUUGUUCCUAGAUCCGCUCAUCGAAGCUCUCGAGAAGGAAGAGGGUGCUGCGGUAUUGGAGAUGACUAGAGGAGAGCUUGUGAAUCGUUUAGUCAGGCCUUUCUUGGGCAAUCUGGCAAUGAAUGCUUUCGAGGCGAGAUACGGGGGUGGGGAGGCGGAUUGGCAGGGUAUCUGGGAGAGUGUGGUCAAGGAUGCGGGGAGCUAA